AUGACUUACUCUGAAAUCUUCUGUGUAAUGACCUCUGGCUUUUCUUCCAUCGCUGGUUCCGUUCUUGGCGCGUAUUUGAAGCUCGGAAUCGAUGCUCGAGCAUUGAUAACAAGCUCGUUUAUGUCCGCUCCUGGAUCACUGAUGGUCGGCAAAUUGAUGUUUCCAGAAGUAACGCCGUCGAGACUCACGACGAAAAAGACCGAGGACGAGAAAACCAAAGGUGGUCAAAAUCUCCUUGGCGCCGCAGUACAAGGAGCAUUGGAUGCCUUUCCCGUUUGCGCGAAUAUAACUGCUAUGCUGAUUGUUUUCGUGGCUGCGAUCGAGUGUCUUAACGACAUUGUGGUGUUCCUAAGUGGCUUGUUUGAAAUUGAAAGCAUCACGCUCGAAAAGAUAUUUGGAGUUGUUUUUCGCCCUUUUGUUCUUCUCAUGGGAGUGCCAAGCUUUGAAGCUGAAUUCUGCGCGCGAUUGCUUGGGGAGAAAAUUUUCUUCACAGAAUUUAUGGCUUUUCAAUCCCUGGCUACGGCCAAGGGCUACAGGGAGUCUGGACGAGAUAAGUUCGAGCCUUCUGGUCAAUUUAUGUGGGGCAAAGCGAACAUCGACAAUCAGCACAUUCGAUUCGAAUCAAAUCCGUUUGGCAUCUCAUGUCGGGGCGAUAGUCAGUGCUACGCUUAUGGCUUGCAUAAUCCAAGAGCGAAUGAGCGAGAAUAUGUCGAAAGCAACAAUUUCAAAAGCGCCAAGCAUGUUCAUUCUGUUGGAGAAAGGAGCAGAUUCGUUGGCGAUUUGCAUUGCACUGUCUAUCAUCCUCAGAAGAAUAUGUCGAUUCCGCAAUGUGACUUAAAAAUCCAAACAACGGAAGCAAAAAUAGAGGAAAAAAAGCACCCAGAGCCGACUAAAAACCCCAAGAAACCAACUCAAAAGGUCUGA